AUGGAGGCUCGUGGGGAGCUGGACCAGUCCCGGGAAUCGGCGGGCGGCGACCUGCUGCUGGCGUUGCUGGCGCGGAGAGCCGACCUGCGCCGAGAGAUCCCGAUGUGUGCCGGCUGUGAUCAGCACAUCUUGGACCGCUUCAUCCUUAAGGCCCUGGACCGACAUUGGCACAGCAAGUGUCUUAAGUGCAGUGACUGCCACAUUCCUCUAGCGGAGCGCUGCUUCAGCCGCGGGGAGAGUGUCUACUGCAAAGACGACUUCUUCAAGCGCUUCGGGACCAAGUGCGCUGCGUGCCAGCUGGGCAUCCCGCCCACGCAGGUGGUGCGCCGCGCCCAGGACUUCGUGUACCACCUGCACUGCUUCGCCUGCGUGGUUUGCAAGCGGCAGCUGGCCACAGGGGACGAGUUCUACCUCAUGGAAGACAGCCGGCUGGUGUGCAAGGCGGACUACGAGACAGCCAAGCAGCGAGAAGCCGAGGCCACAGCCAAGCGGCCGCGCACCACCAUCACCGCCAAGCAGCUGGAGACGCUGAAGAGCGCCUACAACACUUCGCCCAAGCCGGCGCGCCACGUGCGCGAGCAGCUCUCCUCCGAGACCGGCCUGGACAUGCGCGUGGUGCAGGUGUGGUUCCAGAACCGCCGGGCCAAGGAAAAGCGGCUGAAGAAAGACGCAGGCCGGCAGCGCUGGGGACAGUAUUUCCGCACCAUGAAGCGCUCCCGCGGCAGCUCAAAGUCCGACAAGGACAGCAUCCAGGAGGGACAGGACAGCGACGCUGAGGUCUCCUUCACUGAUGAGCCAUCCAUGGCGGACGUGGGGCCUGCAAACGGCCUGUACAGCAGCCUCGGAGAGCCCACCCCUGCCUUAGGCCGCCCUGUAGGAAGCCUGGGCAGCUUUGCCCUGGAGCACGGAGGCUUGGCAGGUCCAGAGCAGUACCGAGAGCUGCGGCCAGGCAGCCCCUACGUCAUCCCCCAAUCCCCUGCAGCCCCCCAGAACCUUCCUGGCCCCCAGCCUCUCCUCUCCAGCCUGGUAUAUCCAGACGCCAACCUGGGCCUUGUACCUUCAGGGCCCCCAGGUGGGCCCCCGCCCAUGAGAGUGUUGGCUGGAAAUGGACCCAGCUCUGAUCUGUCCACGGAGAGCAGCGGUGGUUACCCAGACUUCCCUGCUAGCCCUGCCUCCUGGCUGGAUGAAGUAGACCAUGCUCAGUUCUGA